AUCUCCUGCUUUGAUGAAGUGACAUGGUCGAUGGUAAAUCGAUGAAUAUAUAUCAUAGGGCCGACUUUAGGCGGUCAGGGUAUCCAUACAGGCUAUUUCCAAGCAUGGGCAGGAGAUACCUUCAGUACCGACACUGAUUGACACGCGAUGCCCCGUUUCAAGACAGGCUCCCUGGCGCGAGUGGUGUGAAAGCGAAUGGAUCGUCGCCUAUACACACGAGCGCAAGACUAUGUGAAUGCUCUUGGACGUCGUCACCGUCAUCCCAAUGACAGGCUAUCAUGGAUCACGAGAAGGGCCAGCUGGGGUCAUUGGGCGUUCAGUUUGCUCGGCCGGUCGACGGGAGAAUCUAAUCGCUGCGAGGUCCAAUUAUGUCUUUCUGUCUCUCCUUAGCGCAGAAACCCUUCCCCUCCCCCAGACCAAGACCAACCGACGGGCCCAGGAGCAUCCAGGCGCGGACGGCAGGCGGGCUGGCGGGCUCCUUUGGCGAGUUUGGAGACGGGUAGCUUGGUGUCCUUGGGCUCUGGGGAGAAAGGUCAAAAGGUACAUUCGCCUCGUCUUUGACUGGACGAUGCAGGUCUGCGUGGUGUUGGGAGCUGGGUUGGACGCGAGGGGUUGCAGGGAAGGGGAGGGUUCGCAGGUGGUUCGGGGCAAAGGAAAGGAAAGACGCAGCUCAACCCCCGGCCAAGCGGUAACGGUACAGCGGUACGGAGCACGGAGAUGGACCAGCCACAGCCCGCCUACAGGCUACAGGAAGCGGAUGGGAUUGCGGGGUGCCAUGGGAAAUGAUGACCAAUGGAGGGCAAGGGAUGGGCUGAAGGAGUUUCCAUUUCCGCAUAGCUUGUCCCUUUUCUCCAUAACAUCAUCGGCCUGCGCUGUGCUUUGUAGUGUACCGUGAAUGUGAUCCGUACCGUGGGCGGAACUCCUGGUAAAUGGAGAUCUGGCUGUAUUCAGUGACACGCCGUACAAUGCCCAAAUCUGCGACCUUGGGUUGACGGAGAUGGCUGGUUGAGGGUGAAUCAAUACCUACUG